AGCUGUUUGAGUUUUGCUUUUAAGCAUUGGCAUGAUACGCUGCUGCAAAAGCCGGCGUGUGCAGCGAGUCAGGUGAUUUUCUAUUACACCCCCGUGCAUCGCCGCCUACUUGUAAGUUUGCCCGCUUGCCAGGAAAGAUUGACAAUGGCCAGCACCAGCUUCCGUGUCGCGCUCGUCCAGCUCGCAGUGAAAGCGAGCAAAGCAGAAAAUCUAGCACGUGCCGGGGAUGAAAUCAAGAAGGCUGCAACCAGCGGCGCCAAGCUCGUGUGUCUGCCGGAAUGCUUCGGGUUCCCAUACGGCGCUCAGUACUUCCCCAAGUACGCCGAGUCGAUCCCCGGCGAAACGAGUGAAAUGCUGUCUAAAGCGGCGCAAGAAAACGGCGUCUAUCUCAUCGGCGGUUCCAUGGCCGAAACGGAGAACGGCAAACUCUACAACACUUGUCUCGUCUACGGUCCCGACGGCAAGAUGCUCGCUAAGCACCGCAAGGUUCACCUCUUCGACAUCGACAUUCCCGGAAAGAUAACGUUCAAGGAGUCGGACAGCUUCACGGCCGGCAACAGCCUGACGACGUUCGACACCCCUUACUGCAGAGUGGGCCUCGGCAUCUGCUACGACCUGCGCUUUGCCCAAAUGGCGCAGCUCUACGCUAAGCAGGGUUGCAAGCUGCUCUUCUACCCGGGCGCGUUCAGCAUGGCGACAGGGCCACUCCACUGGGAGUUGCUGCAGCGCGGUAGGGCAGUCGACAAUCAGGUGUACGUGGCCACUGCGUCUCCGGCUAGAGAUCAGAGUGCGUCUUACGUUGCGUGGGGCCAUAGUACGCUAGUUGAUCCCUUCGGCAAGGUUGUCGCCUCAGCGGGUGCCGAGGAAGAGCUGGUCGUCGGCGAGGUUGACCUGGAGCACCUGGAGGCCGUCAGAAACGAAAUACCGAUUACGAAGCAGCAAAGGGACGAUCUUUACGAUGUUGUGAGUAUAGGUCACGGUAACCGCGCCAUAUAAAAUCUAUUCAACUUUCCAAUUCGAAACUCUUAAUAGACUAAGGCUUAAUGCACAAUGUCUUAUCAGUAUCAAAUAAAUCUCCUUUGCAGGAAAAA